GUUACAUUAGGGCUGCUUCGCUCUGGUUCGGCCAAACUGCAUUUCCAGUCAGCUCGACUUUCUAACUUCGGGACCUAAAGUUCCACGCGAGCAAAAGGUUCUUAGUAUAAUUUAGCUGCUGCCUCACGAGGGCAACCCGUUGGCUGGAGCUGCGGGGCCGGACCGGCAACAAGCAAAAAUGGAGCUGGGAUAUGGCGGCCAGGCUACUUUUCAGCCGCAGCAGACGCAGGGCUAUGUGCUCUGCUGUCUCUGUGGCACCAACAUUUUGCCCAACCCGUCCAACAUGUGCGUGAACUGCAUCCGGUCGCAAGUCGACAUUACGGAGGGGAUACAGAAGCAGUGCACCAUCCUGUGGUGCAAGGAGUGCGGCCGCUACCUGCAGCCGCCCAAGCACUGGGUCACUGCCGAGCUGGAGAGCAAGGAGCUGCUCACCUUCUGCAUCAAGAAGAUCAAAGGCCUGUCCAAGGUCAAGCUGGUGGACGCUGGCUUCAUCUGGACUGAGCCGCACAGCAAACGCAUCAAGGUUAAGCUGACCAUCCAGGUGUUCAACGGCGCCAUCCUGCAGCAGACGUUCGUGGUGGACUACGUGGUGGAGAACAACAUGUGCCCCGACUGCAACCGACAGAACGCCAACCCCAACUCCUGGAUCGCCUGCGUGCAGCUGCGCCAGCACGUGUACCACAAGCGCACCUUCCUGUUCCUGGAGCAGCUCAUCCUGAAGCAUGACGCCGCGGCGCAGUGCGUCAAGGUCCGCGACAUCCACGAGGGCAUUGACUUCUUCUACGCCAACCGCUCGCACGCCCAGAAGUUCAUUGACUUCCUGCAGUCGGUGGUGCCCAUCCGCUUCCGCGCCGACAAGCAGCUGGUGUCGCACGACACGCACAACAACACCUACAACUACAAGUUCACGUUCAGCGUGGAGAUCGUGCCGCUGUGCAAGGGUUUGGCACGCGUGCCGGCCAGCACUGCCUGCAGCGCGGAGAUCGUGCCGCUGUGCAAGGACGACCUGGUGUUCCUGCCGCCCAAGAUGGCCGCGUCGGCCGGCAACCUGGGCCCCUUCGUGCUCGUGUCGCGCAUCACCAACCAGAUCUCGCUGGUGGACCCCGCCAACAUGCGCACCCACACCAUGGACGCGCCGGUGUAUUACCGGCACGAAUGCCUGGCGCUGGCCUCGCAGCGCUCCCUCAUCUCCUUCAUCGUGCUUGACAUCGAGCCCAUCCGCGCUGGCAACAGCAGCAAGAGCGGCUCCGCAACCCCCGCAGGAGGGGCAGGAGGCGGCGGCGGCGGGUACGGGCAAGGCGGCGGCCCGGGCGGCGGUGGCGGCAGCGGGCGGUACCAGCUGGCGGAGGCGCAGAUCGCGAGGGUGUCGGACUUCGGGAAAAACGACACGGUGUUUUACGUGCGCACGCACCUCGGCAACAUCCUGCACCCAGGUGACACGGUGCUGGGCUACGACCUGACCACGGCGCAGCUGACCGGCAUCGACUACGACAACCACAUGUCGGCGGGAGGCCGCGUGCCGGAGAUUAUCCUGGUGCGCAAGAGCUACGACGAGAAGCGGCGGCGGCGCGCAGCGCGUGGCGGCGCCGGCGGCGCAGCGCGGCCCUGGAAGCUGAAGACGCUGGAGAUGGAGGUGGAUGACGCGGCCACGGGGCAGCGCGGUCGCAACGAGGCGGCGCUGGAGGCGGACCGCGAGCGCUUCAUGCAGGAGCUUGAGGAGGAUGCGGACAUGCGCGCGCGCAUCAACAUCUACAAGGAUGCGCAGGGGCUGGCGCAGGUGCAGCUGGCGGCGGCGCGGACGCAGGCGGCGGCGGCGGCGCCGGCGGUUCCGGCCGGGCUCAUGGAGGGCGAGGACGAGGAGGACGACGACGACGAGGACUUGCCCCAGAUCCCGCUGGAGGAGCUGCUGGACGACCUGGAGGGACUGGCGCUGGAUCCAGAUGCGGAUGGGGAGGAGGAGGAUCCGUCGGCGGGGCAAGCCAGCGGGGCCGGCGCAGGGGAUAUGGACAUGGACUAAGACCUGAGGCGGCUGUGGGGGUUUGGGAGGGGGCGUGGCGUGUGUCUUCCCUGCUCGCUGGUGGUGUGGUGUGGCGUGUGUGUUUUGCAGGAUGGCGUCGUGGGCUGUGCGUGGCUGCGUGUGCCUGGAAGUUGUGCACGUGUGACGCUGUUGUGCCACGUGUGACGGUGUGUUACGGCAAGUGUUGGUUGGCCGUUGGUACGGCACACCAGAGGCCUUGGCGCGGCCGCGAGAGUGACUUGUGCAGCAGCGGGUAGGACUUUUUUUGUUUUGGACUCCUUUUGCAUUUCCUAGCAGCAAACAGAAAAUUGCAAGUGGCUACAACAUAAACACUGACCGUGGAGGUUUGGUGUUACAGAAGGAGGAUUGCGGUACCGUAUGCUUGACGUUGGGGCGGUGGUACUGGGCCUGAAACAACAGAAUUGGGUGGCCGACGACGUGCGAAACGCGCGCAGAGUGCGCAAGAGUAAAGAGUUGAAAGGCGCGUUUGCGGUUUAUGGUUUAUACAGAUGCGGGUUGCAGCUUGAGAGACAGGACACCGCCCGGCGCGGAGGAUGGCGGAUGACAAGCUUUUGUUGAAGGGCUCCGCGGCGACUGACCGGUAGGGUGGUGCUGCCGUCCUGCCUGACUCGAUUGCGAUUGCGGGUGGUCGGUGUUGCGUGUGUUGCGCUGCACGGCAUCAGCAGAUGCAGAGAGCGACCGGCAGGGGGAGGGGGGCUGCGGGUUGGGGGCUGGGGGCCCGCGGCGUGCCGUUUGGUGUGCGGACGCGCCGUCGAGGCCCCGCCCCCUCGAGCUUUGUUCAGAGAAGUGUAAGCGAGUGUGCAU